AUGUCCAAUUCCGGUGAUAACUACAGAUCAAAUGCCAUCGAUUUGUACAAAAACAAUCGUAAUACUACAUUAACAAUAACAGAAGAAGACAAUGGUGUGGCUAUCGAACCUACUCAACAUUUUCUACGCCGUCCAUUAUGUACGACUGAUAAUACUGAUAAUUGUAUUGGUAAUGGAUCAUCCGGUGACGGGUGUCCAAAUUUCCGCGAACCAUGUUUGCACACCCACGCUCGCGGCUACAUUGUUACAGUGUACACUCGUGCGGUUUUAGAUUCGUCACGGAAACGAUCUACUGAUGAGGCGGAAACGUCGUCGGCGGACGGCCGCGACCCGGUCGGGCAUGUCGACCAAAAAGCAACCGGCUCUAGCGGCACCGGUACCGAGAUCGCCGCCACUUCCGCUUCCGGCGUGGCCAUGGCAACCAACGGCGGUGACAGUUGGACGGUGAGCCGACCCGAUCGCAACUUGCUGGUCGUCGUACACCCGUGGUGCAUGCUGCGCAAGUCUGGCGCGGACAGGCAGUCCGAGUUCCCGCCGCCCGGCUUCCUGGAACGGCUCAAGGCCAAACUGUUGGCCAUCCACCGCGAGACGGACCGCGGACAGCACCGCCAGAGUCCCGCGGACGCGUUCAGGAGACGCUACGGCGACGACGACGGUCAGACGAUCAAGUGCUGGUUUCGGUAUACCGCGGCCGCGACCGACGCGUUCCGUGGCCGUCGCGCCAACACUAUCGCAGCGACCAACGCCUCUGAUACCGACGGCCCGGCCGUGUUCGACUUCCUGACGAUCCGGCGGCGGUUCGCGGUGCCGCGCGAGACCAACCGACCGGCCAACGCGCGUUCAUAAUUUCGCGCGUUUUGUCCUCGUACCGCGCAAAAUUCGUUCAGCGGCCUCGGCGAUAUGUUGCAUUCCGUAUUUAAUAAACGUAUCGUAACGGGUAAUACUAUUGUAAGUAAUCAUUUUGUUUCAGCCCGUACGGGUCCACGCAAUGCCGUAGCAACCAAACAUUGCGCCCGGGGCGAAACUUCAAAAUGCGCCCUUA